AUGGGAGUUGAAAACAGAGACGUGGCACACUACAUGUUGAACCAUACAGCAAGAGGGCCCGGAAGAGGGAGUUACAUCACCGGACGAAGCGUGCACAACUCGCGUAUAGAAAGACUCUGGCGCGAUGUGUACCAGUUAGUCCUAUCCUCAUUUUACGACCUUUUCCUUUCUCUCGAAGCAUGCGGUCAGCUCGAUCCGGACAACGAAGGGCAUCUAUUUUGCCUUCACUUCACUUAUCUCCCAAUAAUCAACGAGGCCCUUUCAAAAUUUGUGCUAUCCUGGAAUAAUCACAAAAUACGUACUGCAGGAAACAAAAGUCCUUUACAACUGUUCAUACUAGGGAUGCAAGAAAUUGCGGAAGGAAGUGGUAUUGUGGCAUCAGAAUACUUUCAAAACCUUAGUCAGGUAAACACAAUAAUGCAUAUGACAGACACAGUUCCCCAAGCAUUAAAGCCACACGGGUGAACAAUCUCAAGUGGCCUCUACUAAAUAUUGAGUUUUAAUUAACCACCCCUUCAAUUUAAAUAUAGAUCACGAUCGAAACGAUGCCAAGAUUCCUUGCUUGCAAAGUUAAUUUAAGGCAGUCAUAACCAAUGCUUUGCGGUAUUUGAAUCUCCUUUCAACUAUAUUUCAGAGGGACUUGGAGGGAUACGGUGUGGAUCCUACGGCUUACUUUCAUGACGGCACAGAUGAUGCACUACAGAAUGAGGUUGUCGUCCCACCGACACGGUGUCCGUUAGAUGUUGAGUCGUUUACGAUUUUUGAGGCAAGCAUGUCAGAAGUCCAAGGCGAAGAUCCAUGGGACGUUACACCAUAUCUGCAUGCACUGGAAACGAUGAAUCGUCUGAAAACCUAG